AUCAGUCCCUUCCAUGUCCUUUUUGUCGGUUUGUGAUAUGUAAAUAAUCAAUUCGUAAACAUGUCAGAUAAUUACGCUAAAAUACUCAAAGACUUCAUUAUCGUAGUAAACAAAAUUAAAAAAAGUGAUUCCAUUCCAGACAUUCCUUCAGUGACAUGUUGGCCCAGAGAUGUUAAACCGUUCAACACGCUUAUGAGUGACGUCACAAUCCUGUGCAACAGGAUUGGGAGCGUUUCGACGCACCUGUCGUACCAUCUGGAGCGGAGCAGCACUGACACACCGAACAGACAACUGCAGCACUGCAGGUGUCUACUCCAGUGAAAAGAUGGCAGGAGUUUUCUCCUAUGAGAGUUCAGAAAUCGACUGGUGUGAAGACAAUUACAAAUACUCUGAACAUGUAGUGGAGUACUUCAACACUAUGAGCAGCUUUUUUUUCUUCAUUAUAUCUCCCAUCAUGCUUUACCUUUUGCACCCUUAUGCCAAAGAGAGGAACUUGGCGAUUCACAUGGUCUGGACCAUGAUGAUAUUUGUUGGGAUCUUCUCUGCAUACUUCCACAUGACACUUAGUUUCAUGGGCCAGAUGUUGGAUGAGCUGUCCAUCCUGUGGGUGUUGGCGAUGGGAUAUGCUGUCUGGUUCCCCCGCAGACUUUUCCCUUCUUUUAUAAAAGAAAGGUCCACAUUUUCAAGCCUCAUCCUGGUGGUUACUGUCAUCACAACAGUGUCAUCAUUUGUAAAACCUACAGCCAACGCCUACGUUUUAAACUGCUUCGGCCUCCAUUUACUUUAUGUUCUGGCUGUCGAGAUGAGAUGCUGCACUGACCGAAAGGCUCUGCGAUUGGCCAAGCUGUCUGUGGCUCUGUGGGUGCUUGCCAUCUCCUGCUGGAUUAGUGACCGUUUUGGCUGCAGCUUCUGGCAGAGGCUAAACUUCUGCUACCUGCAUGGUAUCUGGCAUAUUCUGAUUGUGAUAGCUGUGGCCUACGCCAGCACCCUGAUAGCUUACCUGGAUGCCAACUAUGAGAUACCCUACUCUCUGCCUGGACUGCAGUACUGGCCCUGUGAUAAAUGGGCUGUUGGAUUACCUCACAUUGUCCUCAAUGGUACUACAAAAACACUGAAACGGUGCUAACAAAGUUAAAAUCAUUUGUAACAUUGGUCAAACAUUUGUUUUAGUAAACUCCGUUAGUACAGGUUUUCAUAAAUGGGGACCAUCAAAAUGAUUUAAUCUAGUGACCUUUAUUCUUCACAACCUAAUCCAAGGACACAAUCUGUAAUCUGAAAAAAUUGCUCAACCACAAAAAUUAAAAUCACAGAAAUCCGACCCUCUAUAACUCCCAAGUUGAUUUUUUCUUACACUACAUAGACUAACACUAGACAACAACUUUAUUAAGUCAAGACUGUUUUCUGAUGGGCCGCCUGGUUAGCACACCUGGUUGAGCGUGCACCCCAUGAGACUCAGUCUUUGUCACAGAAGCCGCAGGCUCGGUUCUGACGUGCUGCCCUUUGCUGCAUGUAAUUCACCCUUUCUCUACCAUUUUCCUAAAUCUGUCCUAUAUAUAAAAGCCAAAAUCUUAAAAAAACAGAAUCUU